AUGGUCGAAAGGAGCGCCAACUCGCUGGCCUAUGCCAUGGGAUGGCUGUACGCAGCGGCCGUCUUUGCAUUUGCCGCCUACGUCUGGACGAGAUGCAAAGCCAAACGUUGGAGAUUGGAUGACUACUUUUAUACCGCUUCAUUUCUUCUUUACCUUCUUUCGCUCGGCUUCGCCAGGAUAUCCUGCGCCCUCUUCGUCAGCGCCGCCGCGCAGGCCUCUCCCCUCGUCUGGCCCGCGAGGACGGCCGCCGCGCUGUCCGGCUCAUGGUCCAUUGCCUCUGUGCUAUGCCUGACACUUCACGACGGAAAACCCUGGGAGGGUAUCCUGGGCGAGUCUUUUUACCUGCGAUGGGUCGGCAUUGAAGCCACCGGCAUACUCAUCGAGCUCGCUCUUUUUAUCCUAUCCAUCAGCCUUAUCUGGUUCUUGGCCAUGCCGAAACUUCGACGUACGUGUCUGAUGGCAGCAUUCAGCACGCGUCUCCUCCUGAUACCCAUCAUCGCGGCUCGCCUCGUCCAUCUUCAUUCAUCAUCGCACAGAUCCUCCCCAACCUCCGUCACACCAUCUAUCCUCACCGAAGCCGCCCUCGCCUUAUCCAUCGUAACCGGCUGCGCCACCACGCCUCGCUCUCUCCUCGCCGCCAUCCCUCCACCACCACCACCACCAACCCACCACGUCUUCAACAGACCCCUCACCAUUUACACCUAUGACCGCUACCGCCGUAUCCGCAAAAGCAACCGCAGCACCUCUGCGUGGACGCGCAGGUUUGGCGCCGGCGUCGUGCGCCCCGAACCGACGCCGGAUCUCGCUUGGCUGCCGUACCAAGGCUUCUCAGAGAUGUCCGAGGCGACGGCGUACCCGCCACGGGUGCACAUUUCGAGCAUGUCUCGUGAGGCACCGUUGAUGACGCCGAUGGAAGAGGAGCUGUGGAGGAUGACGAUUCAGAAAACGACCGAGGUUUCGGUUGAACACAGGCGAAGAUCUCACCUGCACAACCUCGGGCGCCAACGACACAGCAGUGUGACUUCAACACUGUAA